GUUUGGUUGGACAUUCUGAGUUUGCACAAUAGCGGCAUAGCCUAACUUUUUGUGAUUACGAUUACUAACGCCACGGCCACGCUCUUUUUCAGUUUUACUUUUACCCACGUUCCUGAGUCUUCAACUCUGCUUUAGUUUUUGUGUCUACGACUUAGCACAAGACAAGAAUCAUGGACAAGCCAGUAGUGUUGUCUCGCGUGUUGAAGGUUUUGGGCCGUACCGGUUCCCAGGGCCAAUGUACGCAAGUAAAAGUAGAAUUCAUUGGCGAACAAAACCGUCAGAUCAUCAGGAACGUCAAAGGGCCCGUGCGUGAGGGUGACAUUCUCACACUGCUCGAGUCUGAAAGAGAAGCUAGAAGGCUUCGAUAGGAUUAUCCUGUAGAUGUAUCCAAUUCAUUGAAUUGCUCUUGCUGGUGAAUGCUGUUGUUGCUGCUGCUGUUGUUGUUUUAAGUGUACGUCUAUAUGAAUUGUUAACCAUUCUUAUAAUGUCAACUGCAUUAUAAAUAAAGCGUAUACUACAAACAAUACAAUAA